AUGGGCUCCGACGUCUGGGUCGGCCCUUGGCGGCCACACCGGCCCCGCGGCCCCAUCGCCGCGCUCUACAAAGGCCCGGGGCCCAAAUACAAGCUGCCGCCGAACACCGGCUACAUCCUGCAUGACCCGUCGCGGCCACGCGCCCCCGCCUUCACCUUCGGUGCGCGCCUCCCCACGCAACAGACAUCAUGCAGCCCGGGGCCCGGCCACCUGGUGCCCGCCCGCAUGACCGUGCGCGGCCGGGACGGCAGCCCUGCCUACUCCAUCUAUGGCCGCCUGCGCCACUCAGCGCCCUUCCUCACUCCCGGACCGGGCAGGUACUUCCCAGAAAGAGCGGGAAACGCAACGUAUCCUAGCGCACCUCGGCACACGAUCGCUCCCCGAAACUGGGGUGUCCACUCGAAGCAGCAGACUCCAGGCCCCGGGACCUACACUGUGCCUUCUCUCUUGGGCCCGCGUAUCAUCGGCAAAGUCUCGGCUCCAACUUACUCCAUCUACGGCCGCAGCGCAGUAGGCAGCUGCUUCGAGGACCUCAGCAAGACCCCUGGACCCUGUGCCUACCACGUGGUGAACCCGGGGGUCUACAAGACCCGAGCCCCCCAGUUCACGAUGCUGGCGCGGACCUCGCUACCCCAAGACAGCACUCUGAAGCCGGGACCCGCAGCCUACACCGUGGACCAGCAUCGGAAGCCUCGCGGCUGGAGCUUUGGGAUCCGGCACUCCGACUACCUGGCCCCGAUGGUGACCGAUGUGGACAACUGACACAGCAGGGCGUCAGGGCGCAGGUCCAUUGCUGUUUGCUUAAA